GGAGGAGUAGGCGGAGGUGGCAGAGCCGGGGCCGCAGCACCAGCGGCAGCGGCGGCCGGACCCAGGAGCGUAGCUGUGGCAGGAGCGGGACGGGCUGAGGCAGGAGCCGCCCGAGCCAUUGUGGGGACCUGAAGGAUCCAGCGUGGAUCCUGUGUGCCUCCUUGGCAGGGCCCACCUUCCCAGCCAUGCCAACCGGCGGAUGAGGCUUGAGGCUCUGAUGGAGCAGCUGCAGAAGCAGCAGCAGCAGCAGCAGCAGCAUCCAGCUCCUCUACAGAUGGAUUCCCGGGAAAGGCAGGAGCGGCAGAUGAGAGAAGCACAGCUGCUAUAUGCUCAGCAGCUGGCAGCCCAGCAGGCCAGUCUCACUUCCCCGACUACCAAGGCUUCCGGGAGUCCUGCUCUGGGGCCACUGGCCAGAAUUCCACCAGCAACGGCAGCCUCUCGGGUCAUGAGCUCAGAACCUGAUGAAGAAGAGGAAGGGGGCCUAGAAGAUGAGGAAGGGGAUGGGGAAGAUGCAGAGAUCACUGAGAAGGAAGCCCAACCUUCUUCCAAAUAUUUCCACAUGCAGAAAGUGACUCGUCAUGACCCCAGAGCUACCCCCAUGUCAAAUCCUCCUCCUCUUCCAGCACCAGGGCUGCAAAGGGGGCUGCAUAUCAAAGAGGAUCAUGCCAAAGAUGCUUUGAAAGCCUCCCCUUCAGUCUCAGCAUCUGGCCACCCAAACUGGAACCUGGAGGAGCAACUUAAGCAGAAUGGUGGUUUGACCUGGAGUGAAGAUGCUGAUGGAGGACGGGGAAGAGAGAUCUCUCGAGAUUUUGCUAAGUUGUAUGAACUGGACGGUGACCCUGAACGGAAAGAGUUCCUGGAUGACCUUUUUAUCUUCAUGCAAAAGAGGGGGACUCCCAUCAACCGGAUCCCCAUCAUGGCCAAGCAGAUCCUGGACCUAUACAUGCUCUACAAGCUGGUCACUGAGAAGGGGGGCCUGGUGGAGAUCAUCAACAAGAAAAUCUGGAGGGAGAUCACCAAAGGCCUCAACCUCCCCACGUCCAUCACCAGCGCAGCCUUCACCCUGCGCACCCAGUAUAUGAAGUACUUGUAUGCUUAUGAAUGUGAGAAGAAGGCUCUGAGCUCCCCAGCUGAGCUCCAGGCCGCCAUUGACGGUAACCGGCGGGAGGGGCGUCGGCCCAGCUACAGCUCCUCCCUCUUCAGCUACUCCCCUACGACUCCUGCCGGGCCCACCUCCUUGCUCUCUCCUCCAAAGAUCCGCUUCCCCAUCCUCGGACUCACCCCCAGCACUGGCGGGGGGACUAAUGGCCCUCGGCUGCCCCCGGCAGCGACUCUCAGGAAAGCAGGUGAUGGAGUUGCCAUGACAGUGCCCAUGCCCAACCGGCUGGCUGUGCCAGUGACCUUGGCGGGAGGCCAGCAGGCAGGCCCCCGCACCGCUACCCUGGAGCAGCUGCGGGAACGGCUCGAGGCCGGGGAGCCUCCUGAGAAGAAGGCGUCAAGGAUGACUGAGGAGGAACAGCGGUUCAUGCAGCAGGCUUUCCAUCGAAACCUUUUGAGUGUGGCCCGUCAGCUCCCCAUGAAAGUUAAAAUCAACGGCAGGGAAGAUCGCUCCGAGGCAGCAGCAGCACUGAACUUGUCCACGAGUGGCAUCGGCAGCAUCAACAUGUCUGUAGAGAUCAACGGGACCAUCUACACAGGUGUGCUGUUCGCCCAGAAGCCUGUGGUCCAUCUCAUUGCCAGCCCAGCCCCCCAGAGCACCUGUAGCAGCAGCAGCAGCGUCAGCUCCCACUGCUCCCCGAGUCCUACCUCAUCACGGGGCACCCCCAGUGCAGAGCCCUCAACCAGCUGGGCCCUCUGAUGGGUCAGGAGGCCCAGCUCCCCACCUCAAGAGCCAGGAAAGGAGUUGAACAGUUUUUACCUCAUCCCCCAGCACCACUUCCAAGACCAUCCAGCUGGACAGCAAGGGCCCCGGCUGGCCCAUCUGUCUAGCCCCAUUCAAGUCCUGCUGUGCCCCUGGGGAGGGAAGGGGCUGGAGGGGGGGGGGCGUGCUGUCCAAUCAGCCGUUGUCUUAGUUGAUGGGGAGAGGGUGGUCUCUAGUGACUGGUGUCUCCCAACCUGGAGCAGCACAGUGUAUCGACAAUCUGAGAGCCGGCAGGGGAUUGGAUUCCCCUCCAUGAGCCUUCCCCUUAAUUUAUUUCCCUUCCCACUUGCUCAUCAUCAUCACCCUAUUGUCACUGACUCAUCCUGCCAGCUGUGUUCUUAAGCUUCAUUCUCCCCCAAAUCACGAGGGAAAGACAAUAUCUAAGGGUGCCCUGUCCCCUCCCCCUCUGCCUCUUCUGAGGGUGAAGGGUGGGCAUCUCCCUUCUAUCCAUUUCACCCUGCCCCUCCCCAGAGAUCUUGGGUUACCUGGUGUGGAUCACAUGCCCAGUGAGCCCCAGGGCUCUGCCUGCUCCAUUUUUAACUGUCGCACAGAAUGGAGCCUGGGGCCUGAGCAUAGCCUUGGGAGCCCCCAGCACUGCUGAGCUAUCUUCUGAGGGAAAGGGAUCACUUCUCAGGGUCUUGUAUAGUCCAAGGUCACUCAAGGGUACUCACCUCAUCCCAUCCCAAGGAAAAUAUGCCCUUUCAUGAUCCCUAUCCCCCAUAGUCCUUCCAGACCACUUGCCCCACACUCCACUGGCCAGGCCAGUCCUGAACUGUCCUGGCCUUCCCCUUGGCCCUUCCACUCCCACACCUCCUUCCCCCUCCCCCUCCCCCUCCAUCCAUGACUCUGGGGCUAGCUCAGCACCCCUCCCCCGGUCCCCUAACCUGCCUGCAUCGGGUUCUUUGAAAUACCUCAGAUUUGUAAUUGUUGUUUGAUUCUUCAGGAAGUAUUUGCAUCUCUGAAAUCUUUUUAUAUGUGUUUUGCUGACUUUGUUUUUUUAUUUUUAUUAUAAUAAUAAUUAUUAUUAUUGUAGCACCAAAGAUGAAAAAAGCACCCCACCCCCAAAGCUAAGCAAAUAGCUUGGUAUCCCAGCCCUAAUGGCCCUUCCCUAGCACCACAGAGAAGGGGCAGGGAAGGCAAGAGGCAGAUGACUCAGGGAUAGGAGCCAGAGAGAGGAGAUGGGCAGCUUAGACUCAUCCCUCAUGCCAGCUUGGGUUUCCAGACUCUCGCCUAGGAGAUCAAGGCCCCUCUCCUCCCAAAGCAGGGCUUGUCACAACUCUUCUUCCAACCCCACCAUCCUGCAUUUGGGGGCCAUGCGUGCCCCCUAAAGGGUACCAUUGAGGCCUUGGGGACCUUGUUGGUUGGAGCCAAAGAGCAGGGUUCUCUAGCUGCCCCAAGGCUUCCUCUUCCUUCUGGCCCCGUGGUCUGGAACCUGUUCUUGCACAGAGAUCCAUGAACAGUUCUGGAGGAGAGCAAGCACUUUCCAUCCUGCCAUUCUCAGUGCUGCUUCACUCUAGACCACGCUGGCUCGGGUGGAGAGCACAGGCAGAAACAAGCACACGACAGAUCCAAGUAGCCUGGCCUCUUUUCAGCCAGGGCUCCUCUCCUGGCAUUCAGAGAUCCCACCCAUGAAUCAGACAUUGUGGGAUGGAGGUGGCAUCUCUAAAAACCAGCAUCGCCAAGGCAGGAGUCGGGUGCCAAGGCAGGGUGGGGGCAGCUAGGCCUCCCUCACUGGCUUGUCCUGGGCCCCUGGCUGGGCUCCAGCUCAUGUAAGCAGCAUGUAGUUCUCAGGGGUUUGGUCAUGCUGGAUGGACUUUCCACCUGGAGGAAGCUGGAAAAGUGCAGGAUGUCUCUGCAGUCGCUUGUUCCCCCCAGUAAAGCCUGCCUGGCCUCACCCGAGCAGAGGGCAGUGUAGGGGUGUGCCUGUGGAGGAGGACACAGAUGGAGGGCCCUGGCUCCAAGAUCUGCUUCCCCAGAAAGGACCUUUUUUAACCAAACAGCGAGGGCAGCUUUGCUCCCUCCUCCCCCCUUCCCCCCUCCCCCAUAUCUUAUAUAUUCUAACAUGAAAAUGUGAUAGCACAUGGGUAGCCUAGGCGGUGGAUGAAUACCUCAGAUGUCUUCUUACAGCAAGGGUCUGUACAUGUUGUUAUUUUCUAUCUUACACGUUCUCUGAAUGUUUAUAUUCCAAUAAACUUCUACCUCUUCAC